AUGCUGAGGACCAAAGAGAUUGUCUGUCUGGUGCUGGUGUGCCUGCCGGCAGCCUGGCUGGCCAGUGCCAGCAGUUGCCAGGGACCUGCACUCAUUCCUGGGAUCCCUGGUAUGCCUGGCCCCCCAGGUGCCAACGGCCAAGAUGGAGUAGACGGGCCCAAGGGCGAACGAGGUCCUCCCGGGAGGUCUGAUGACCUCAGAGACGUCGGGGAAAAAGGAGACCCUGGGGAGGACGGCCAUCCGGGGAAAGUUGGCCCCAAAGGCCCAGCAGGCUCCAAAGGUCCCCCUGGCCCACUAGGGCCCCGCGGUCCCAAAGGAAUGUCCGGAGACUACAAGACCACUCUCAAGUCAGCCUUCUCGGCCGCCAGGGGGGUCUCCAUGUUGCCACGGCGCGGGCAGCCCGUCCGCUUCGACCGGGUCCUCGUCAACGUGAACCGUCACUACGAGAACCGCUACGGCCGCUUCACCUGCGAGAUGCCGGGCCUUUACUACUUCACCUACCACGUCACCUCCCGGGGCAACCUCUGUGUCCACAUCAAGAAAGGGCAGGGCAGCCGGGGCGAGAAGGUGGUGGGCUUCUGCGACUACGUCCACAACACCUUCCAGGCCACCACGGGGGGCGUGGUGCUCCGCAUGGCAGCGGGCGAGUCCGUCUGGCUGGAGCCGACCGAGAAGAAUUCGCUGAUCGGGGGGACGGAGGGAGCCGACAGCAUCUUCUCGGGCUUCCUGCUCUUCCCCGACGCCUGAGC